AUGUCGCCCAUCACGCGGCGGCGGCGGCGGGCCAAGGGCACAGCCUCGCCUCCGGACCCAUCUUGCACGCUCGUUCGUCGGCGUCCAAUCGAUAUACAGUUCCCAGACAAUGCCCGUGAUUUCGUGGCCGAGAGAGACACCAUCCUGCCCCUCUCUAUGUGGCGCCUACAGGAGGACCAGACGAGGAACGUGUCCAUAAACAUCUCGGUGGCAGAGGGAUCGCACCUUGACCCCUUCGCCCUCGAGCUGGAGGAGGGGGUCGAGUUAUUCUCGAGGCCUGACGUCGACGCGCAGAACGGCGGGUGGAUUGCGCAAUUCCUAUGUAGCUGGAGACGUCCCGGCCGCUACCGCCCCAGGGUAAGAGUGAGCAACCCCCUUGGGAGCGAGACGGUCUCACUGCACACAUCCAUCCUCGUUCAGAGCAUCCCACGGAAGGUGGUGUUGAGGAGGGUCGUGGCGGAAGUGGGCCAGGAGGUGGUGUUCCGUGCCCUGAGUAAUGGCACGGAGGUCCACUACGAUUGGACGCUGCCGGGGGGCGAGCUUCUCCGUGAUGCAGGUGAGUGCGGGUCUGGGGUACCAUCAUUACCGCAGUUGGGACGAAUACGCUGGAGCCACGAUUUCGGCGGUGCUUGGAGGUAUUCUUCAAUGAUUACCUGUAUAUCAUGCUAUAAUCGUAGACUCUGGGUACAUUUGAAGUCCCUUGACAUCAAAAGGGACGUCAGAGGUGAGCGAGUUGAGGCCGUAAAAACGAUUGUAUGGGGUGAAGGAUGCGAUUGGCUUUUUGAAUGGACUAGUGUGCAUGACACUGUUGCAUAG